AUGGUGAAGCAGGGGUUGGUCGAACCCGGGUUUCUGGGCAUCAAGGCCUUUCCGAAUGGCCUCCCUACCUUUCGAACCUGGUGGGAAUGGACGCUGGUAGCCAUUGUUGCGGUCAGCGUGGCACUUGGCCUGUUCGCAUGUCUCUGGUAUUCAUACCGUUCGAUUCGAGGCCUUUUCAAGGUAAGGGCAGAUGACGAGAAGUCAUUACACGUUGCUAACAAACCGCGUCUUACAGGCUCGAUCAAUAACCCGAUCACAGAGGAGGAAUCCCAGACGCUUUCACAAUGGGACUCUGUCGUCUUGGAUUAUUGCAAGCCUGGCGUUCUUGAGGCCGUCAAUGAUGAAAACGUUCCUCUUGGGCCUCACAUCAUCGCGCGGCUCGAUCUGCAGCAGGUUCUGGGCUUCAAAAUCACCAAUACCGAGCUCGAACUAUCGCGGGUCGUGUACAUUAUCUCGAAACUCGUUCGCCAAACCUUGCGACAGCCAGACCAGCGGAGAUAUUUCACAGGUGUCGUCGUAGCCGGUUGGCAGGAACGUCUUUCGACACCACUGCUUAAUGGCGUUGCCAAAUUGCUCACUGCCUACGGCCUAGAUGUGUACCUUGAGGUUGGCCCUCCGGAAUUUCUCGAAGGUGCAGGGAAGCUAGACAUCGGUCUUUUCUCUGGUGUCAUUGUUCGAAAUGGCACAAUCAUGUCAAAUGGAGAGCGUCGAGACUACUUCGAAAUGGACAAGAUGAAGACCACGACAAAAGCUUUCGUGUCGCAAGCCUGUCAACGACCAUUUUUUACCAUGAUGUGGGACACCAUAGAUGACGAGGCUGAUCUGUCGCACGCUGUCGUGAGAAGAGCGCACAUGUGGUGCAAUUAUCAUGGUGCCAUUCCAUAUUUCACACGUCUACGAGCUCUGACUAGCAUUUACGACAUAAGAUCCUGCGAAGAGCCACUGGCUGCCUUCCAAUGGCUCAAGACCCGGAGAGUCAUGAAUGUGCAUGAGAAAUAUCGCACCUGUCGCACCCUCUCGCCGGACUUCUCGAGCAUCAUCGAUGACUAUCUACCCCUGCAAUCCAUCUUUCCAGUACUCGGUGACACUCUUGCCGGACUAGAUGGGGUCGAAUUCGACGACGAUGAUUCCUCAAGUACAUCGACGCUUACUGUGCGAUAUCCUGAGAUCGACGAGAAUGGAGCCGUACUUGGUUCGGCGCCACUGUCACCUACGUCUCCUGGAUUGGACUGGACUCUGGCCCUGGAAAAGCGCACGGACAAUCCUCUUUCAUGCUCUUCUACUGGUACUGCGUACGGCCCUCUAGGUUGCUUUCCAAUCGGCUUCAAUGCCUCAAGACAAGACUUCGAUCAUGUGCUCAAGUCACAACGACGACUGCGUAGUCUGAAGCUACUCAGUAGGGUGUCCACAAAACAACUACAUGCUGCCGCGAGCACCCUUAAACACUAUACUGGCAGCAACAGUGAUCUUCUCGGAACAAUCCCUACCAUGAAACAAGCUAUUGCAAGCCUCGCCGAGGCUCUUUCGAAUUCAACGGACGAAGUAGAUGAUCCGUACCAGCUGCAAGUAUAUACUGGAUUGGACUCUGGAUUUCACACCCCGAGCGGCGCACAAUUCUGGGCAGUCUGGGAACUCGAAUCCCGCACAACAAACAUGCUAAUAUACAUUUCAAAGUCGGUUCAGGAUGUCACGGGUGCACUUCUUCACACACACUUGAGUCGGCUCGGUUUCUCUAGGUAUCACUGCUUUUUGGCAGAGUAUGGCUUGUAUGAACUUCAAAACAAUCCAGUACCUUCCUCGGGUCUCCCUCAACGUUUUCAGCAGGACAUCGAGCUCCUAUCGUCUACCGAUCUUCUGCUUUAUAUACAGCACCUAGAAUACUCCGAGUGGGACAAGGAUUGCAACAUGCUUGCAUCAUUGCGGAAGCAGUGCGAAGCGCAGCUCAUUGAAGUACCGACAUACAACCAGUUUAAAAGGAUCAGUAAUAUGGACUUUAUAAGUGGCACUAUCACCGAUGAGCACCUGGUGAACGCCAAACUCAAAUGGUAUCGGCUUUGCGAGCUACCUACGAUCAACCGUCACGAUGCGCUCAAUCUGUUCAGACACGUCGCAGAGACUUUCGAAGACAUGUUAUGGCGGCGCGAUCACGAGAAACUUGACGCAAUCACUGCUGCUAUUGAAAAUUUGACGAGUGAGACUACGAUGGACUCGUUCACAGAUUUCGUGUUGUUCUGCAUCUUUUGCGCAGCAAGAAAAGCAGGCUUUGAAGAGGUGUAUAUUGAAGUGUCGGACAGGAAUCCCCUAUUCAACCAGUACACCGACCAAAGUGCGGCCUUCGCAGAGCUCUUCGCUUUGGGUUCUCGCUGCGAGGCGUACUUUGACAUCAAGCCUAGCGAUAUUGGAAUGUUACUGUCUAAGAAGCACAGGGACUACUAUAACCAGAGCGAACACCAGCCUCCUAUGUGGAUUUUUAACGCCCCUUCGUUCGCUUCUGCUUACGCUGCAGCUCAAACUGAUAUCGACCCGGAGCAAAAGGCAUCAGUGAUGCCCGCAUUCCGUCGAUUUACAUUCCUCAGCGUCUUCGCAAUUCCUGCUCUCGUUGGUGCCAUUGGAACGUGGAUCUCCAUCGGCGGUACUUACUACCUAAUCUCCAUGGCGUUUUCGGCCGCGAACAUGUUCGUCCUCACGCGUUUGGUCGGCGGUCUAGCAUUUACUCUUGCAGGCUGCCUUGUUGGCUUCGUCGUCAUUGCCGCGGUGGAAUCAGCUGAAUUUGCUGCCAUAUUCUUUGUCUAUCUAUUCGGGCUUACGGCAUAUCUUACUGUCCUGGCAGUGCUGUCGACGUAUCAAAUCCCAGGAUCGAGCUUUCUGAACGGUCGCAGAAUCAUCAUCAUGGUGGUCCCCACCCUGACGGUCUCGCCUCUUCUAACCAUUUUCAUCGAGGGCUACGAUAUCUACAUCUACCCAUGCGUACUUUAUAUCUUCGUAUCAUUGCUCAUUCUGGGCACACGACAUGUCGCCACUCAAUGGGUCACCUGGUAUCACAACAUCAAGACUCUGAACGAUGCUGACGUGAAGGACUGGUACGUGCAAAGGCACAAACAGCUUCAAAGCCAAGUCAAAACCGCUGCAACCAGAACCAUUGGCGCUAAGAAUGUGCAAGAGACGACAGUCACUGUCAGCGACUCACUCGCGCCUUCUAACAAUGCUUCAUCCGAAGAGCCCGAAGUCUUCCAUGGACUCAGUGAGCCAGCCAUCCUCGCGCUUUGUCGCAAAGAGCUGUACGAUGCCGUGACGAAGGAGAAGGGACGCUACUUUUGGCAAAGGCCUACCAAGGACAAUUUUGUGAAGCGCCUCGCAGAUUGUUGGGACUCAACGCUCUUCUUACUUGACUGGUACUGCCGUAUUACAGACACAAAAAGGCCCAUUCCAUAUAGCUCCACGUGGAAUCUGGAGACCCAGGUUGCACUCGAAAGUAUGCAGCAGUCACAAAAGGGAAUUAAGCUGCACAAUUCUUUCAUCCACUGGCGUAAUGCUGGCGACGAGAUCUAUUGCGGAAUUCUUUACUUCAUUGUGGCUCUGAUGGAUCGCUGGAUUGACUUGGUGCAUGGCCGACUCCAGAAUCUCAACACGGAAACGAAUACCACCCUUCGCCUGUCUGUUGGCUUCGGCCUCGCUUACUAUCUGAUUGGAGCAGUUCUACUCGACUACAAAGCCCAACAUCUUCACACACUUUCCGAGCAAAUGUCACCAGUCUCCAUUGAAGACGUUGACCAAAUCAAGAAGGCAAAAGCCAACGACCAAAAGUUCAGGCGUCACCUCUAUUUCAACACACUAUGCCGCUUCAUUGGCGUGCAUGUCUGGGCGCUGGCAUUAUGUGCGACACUCAUCUGGAUAUUUAACGGUACAAGCAUCGGGCUAAUCAUGUUCCUCGCCUACAUGGGUGCCUAUACAGGCUUGCUCCUCUACCAGUACAACAAGAUCUUCUCGGGUCCGCAUGCACUCAUGCCACUACUGGUUGCUGUUGUUAUCGGUUUCACUCUUGGCAACAUUCUCAUGGAAGUUAUGCAGGAGGAAUUCUUAUACGACAAGGCGCAUUGCCCAAGCGACGAAAAAUACCAUGCAUAUACUGGUGCUGGGUCAAAUCCGGAGUUCAGCCAGAGCGAAUUGCAAGCAUUCUGCGACAAACUCAGGGCCGCACCAAAGGAAAACCGCUACCGUAUCAUGCCGACCGGGCACCCAGGCGACCAAAUCACAGCCAUGCUAUUGUCAUGCACCCACGACAACCUUAGUCGUCUGGCGCUGCAAGCUUUCCCUUCCAUGCCUUUUCUGGUACAAAGACUCGUGCUGGCCUGGAAGAACGACCUCGUCAAGCUCUUCAUUGUCCCCAUACAAUCUGUUUCAGAGACCAAUACCGACAUAAGAGCAAUCUCACACUUUGAAAACGGUCGCCUGACCCUUUACAUUGCUUCGGACUCACGCAAUUCUGCUUCUGCUCAGAUGAAUGUCAGUAGCAACUGUAUGGCUAUCGCGGAGACGUUGUUGCAUGCAUGCUCAGAAACCAUGUUCCAUGUGCCUCAUUACCAGGCCGAAAUCACCGAAUCUCUGCUCGCCUGUCGCCCCACUAGCCAGCAGUUUUAUCCCGUCUCGGAGUGUAGCAAACGCUCAAUGCCUGCACUCGUGUCGAGCGCUGAAGCACAUGUAUUUGAAGCAGCGUGUCGCAGAGAACUGCUCCGCAAUCUCUGUCUUGGGUUUGACUGCGACACGCAAUGGGACACCUUGCCUCUGGAUAUUCGUCGACUUUUCUUGCGAAGAUGCGUUGGCGCUCGAGGUCCUUUCACAAAUACUGAAAUGUCUUGGAUCAAUGCCAAUAUUGCCGCGGAAGAGUCUUGUACAAUUCUGUCAAGAGUUGCGCGCUACGAUCUUGGUGCUUACCUCGCUGUCAGCAAGUCUAGUUACUUUCAGUGUCGCGGCGAUCAAGCUCUCAACGAAAAAGAGUACCGACAACUGACCGCCGAUAUCCAAGAUUCGUACCAUCCUGUACUCAAUCGCUCGGCCGUGUCUCUGUUCGCUCUGUUCACAGAGUAUAUCAGGUUGCCGCUAGCGUAUAUUUACCAUUCAAUUGGAACUUGGGUCAAGUUUUUCGUCCUCGCGUGCAUGGCCGAUCCAGAGUUCCAACGCGAGCUCAACGGAGCCUUGUCUCGAACACCACGUGUCAUCGCUAAACCAACGACGUUCCUUCUUACUGGUCUCUGGAUUUACAGUCGAGCCGCCAUGUCAGUAGCCCUGCCGUUCUUCCUUUACCAUCGCCGAAAAGACAUAGCCGGUCUUGCUGGCACUGUCAAAGGUAGUCUUAUCGUGCAAAAGAAGCAUAGAUUGGUCAUUCAAAGCUACGGCGACACAGAGACCGCCUUUGUCCAUACUCUCGAAGAUGGAAACUUCAAGCUGGUGUUCUAUCAGGGCACACCAGAACAGGAACCAACCUGGGGCCAAACAAGAGUCACUCGCUAUAACAAAGACAUGCAGAUCACACAUCGAGAGGAGUACAAGAAUGGGAAAGUUUUGAAUGCGUAUACCUACGAAUAUGCAUCGAAACGAGCUAGCCGCCUUAUCAAGCUCUCGAAAGUCAAGAAUAGCAGAAUUCCUACGAGCAGAAUUUGUACUGCCGGAGAUGACGAGCGAGCCAAGGUUCAGUACAACCACAAAGGCCAUCUCGAGUCUGGAAGCUACAUCAGCCAUGGGAACUUGGUUCGUUUCAAGUAUCACUAUCGUAAGAAUGCCAAGUACGAUGAUGAACUUUUGCGGGCAGAGUUCGUGUUGCCACAUAUGUCGGCCAACGUCAGUUGGUGUGCGCCACCAGUUCGUCAUGCUGAGAAGAUGGAACGUUGGAUCCCGACGCCGCGCGUCCUCGAGGCGACAUUUGUUCAAGGUGCCGACGUUUACGAAUGCACUUGGCUGUACGACCACAAAUUUCACCCAACCAUUACUACUAAGCUCAAUGGAUCCUCCGUCGAAACUCCGGAUAUGAUACGUCACGACUGGUUGGGUGUGCUGAAAAAGCCCACGCGCUGCACAUUCACGGAUGAGAAUCCACUAUUAGCUUUCAAAGCACCUACGUCAAGCUUCGUGAGCCGACUCCUGCGAACGAACAUCAAACAACAAGAGAUUUCUACAUCAAGAGCACGUUCGCAUUUGUGGAAGGCUUGGAAGAAGCGAAAUGACUUGGACGGUGUGGUCAUUCGCUGGGUCGAUGAGGAGCUUAUUCGCAAAGAAGCAUUGCUCCGACCAUAUUGGCGGCGCCGCGAUCGUGGCAGCUUGUUGAAAGCUGAAGACUACCUUGCGUUGCACGCUGAUGCGAUCAUGGCAAGCUCUGACUUGACCAGUGACAUCAGUGCUUGGACACCACUCGCCAUCCGUAUGAGCGACCUCUUCAGCUUUGGGCAGGGCGGCGAUGCCGUCAUAUUUACGCGAACAAAGACGUUACAGCGAGACACGGAUGAGAACCUGCAUGUAAUCGCUGUUGACACUGGUACUUGGCCGAACGAGGGUGGAGGUGUCUCUGCCUGCCGUCGCGAUCUCAUUAACAACUUGCGGACCAUCAAAUGGCACAUGGUCGUCGAGUCGGCGAACGACUUCGGCUUACCCAAGCACCAGACAGAGGAGAACGUGGAGUCCCUCAAGGUCAUCCCGUUGUGGGGUCUUGACUUUAUGCACCCAAGCCAUGGCAUGUUCACCAACAAGCUUGACAGCGAGGUUGACCACCUUGUGAAAGAAGCCACGAUCACCGAUAUCAAGGUAAAUUUCAUACCAACAUUGACAGCGCUUGUGCGUGGUGCGCGUGCCAUCAACAUGACCUCGGCAGAUGUUAAGCAAGCUACGCGAGCCUUGGUGAACCUCAAUACGUACUUCGAAGACUCACGCCACUGGAAGGAGGUUUGGACAAGCGACAUCGUGAAAGAUACCUGGAGGAAGCUUUGGCUAGCAGAAGACAUGCCCAACGCACAACCAGCAUCGGAGUGGUUCCGCACAGAGCUGCCAACGCUAGGUCACUUCGAUAUGGCACUAGAGUUAUGGUUUAGAUACUUCUUCAACCCAGGGUGGGAGGUGGAAAUUGGUAGCUCCAAAGGUCAGCUGACUCACCGAAAUGUAUUCAAGAGGAAGGUUGAUCCUAUCGUGAACGGCAUCACCGACAUGCAGAAGUUCUCUCCUGUCACCGACAUCAAAACCAAAAGUCCAACCGUAACAAUGCUUUCGCAUGUCUGGUUUGCCAAAGACAUUAAGACUGCACUCCUGGCCGCGGACAUCAUCUCCAACGAGUGGGGUUUCAAGGAUUACAAGCUUGACAUAUAUGGGGCACUCAACAAGUCCCCGGUAUAUUCUUCAGAAUGUCAGGAGAUACUCGCUUGCAAAGGUCUCGGCACCAGCGUUGCGUUGAAAGGAACCGCAGACCCUGCAAUGGUGCUGGCAAACACAUGGCUCUUCCUAAACUCAUCAGUAUCAGAGGGAUUGCCGCUUGCCCUUGGUGAAGCUGCCUUGACUGGCGCUCCUGUGGUAUGCACAGACGUUGGUGCGUCACUACGAGUACUUACCGACCCGGAUGACGGAAAGCGUUACAGUGAGGUGGUGGCGCCGAACGAUGCCUACGGUUUGGCACGCGCCCAAAUAAAUCUACUGGCCAUGCUUGACGAAUGGGCGCAGUAUGCUGAUGACGGCGGUGCACCAGCGCCCGUGCUACCGCACAAGCCAACACCACGAGAUGUGGAGAUCAUCACUCGCCGCAUGUAUGACAAGACCGAGCAGCGUCGCAAGCUUGGAAUGAUGGCACGAUCCAUCGUCCAAAAGUCCUUUGGUGGAGAACGGUAUCUACGUGAACACGAACAAAUGCUCUGGAUCGGCAAAGCCUGCUACGAGAUGCUUGGUCUGGAAAAGCUCACUCCACCUCCCAGGAAUCCUGCGCGUGUUCUCUCGCUCCGUAAACGCACCCGACAGCAGACGGACACUGCAUCUAGUAACAUCAUCGACACGCAACUGGAAAAGAUGCAACACCCGCGGCGUCCGUUUGCUGAACGGCAUCACUCGAACGCGACAUCAUUCUCCUCAGUAUACAUUGAUCCACCGUCAGGCUCUUCGACAUACUCCGACCCUAUCUGGGAGCAGGAACAGUGGGACCUCGAUCCAGGAACCGCAGGGUCAUCGUUCAUGUACGCUCGAUCCGAUAAGAGCGAAGAUUCUUGGACUGCAGUCGGGCCGCCCAUUGCCAGGCCGCUGAAAGCACAUUCACGCAACUCGACGACUGCUAUCAUGACUCCUUCACCGGCUACCAAAGGAAAACGUCCCUCACAGCACGGCGAUGAAGUAGACUUUAUCUCUAGGGGUGAGCGAACUACCCCGAAACCAGACCCGCGUCGCUCAGUCUUGAUAAGACAAAGCUUGGCCAUGCCCGAGAGUGGACGAAGUAGCCUGCGGGCGAGGAGCCAUUUGAACGAGGUGGAGAUUGCAGAGUAUGGCAAUGUAGAUGGGAGACUGUAA